AUGAACAGUAGGAUUACCAAAGCUUGUACUUCUAGGCUUUUGCUAUCGGAUGUAAAUAGUGCUGACAAUGAGCCCAAUGUGUUCAAACGCUUGAAUGCUAACGGUGAGGAGGUCAUUGAUAAUGGAUGUGGAUUUAUGAUUAAAUUCCUCGUGGAUCGUCAAAAGUUAACCGAAAACGACCGUGAUGAGUUUAUUACAUACUUAUGCUCCAACUCGCUUUUUGUAGAAGCUUGGGAUGCUGAAUCGCUAAUGCUUGUGGGAGCAAGCUAUAUCCCAUUACAGAGUUUGCUCAGAAACGGCAAGGAAGCAGUUCAGUGCACUGUGCAGUGUCCUGUGGUGUUCAGUGCUUUACCAGAACCUGCACGUGUGACAGCUUUGCUAUACGUACGUCUCGCAAAUAUUGGUCAUCCGUCGUCUAACCAGAUAGAUCAGCAUUUCAUGUAUUAA